UAAAAAAAAACUCGCGAAGUGGAAACGCUAGUUAAGCGGAUUGUCUAUCUUGUUAUCAUGAUAACUGAAAAUUCAUAACAAUCGAUGUUACUUAUUGUUUAGAGAUUGUACUAAAUACCAUGGGAAAUAGCAGAUGUAAUCAAACAAAAAAAGUUUCUAAAAAACAAUUUAAAAGUGAACGUGAUGUUUACGUUACAUCGAAGUCAAGUUUCGAGGUUAGUGAUACUAAAUAUCUAUUUUGCGCUCCUAGGAAUAUAGUCGGGGGCCAAAUUGGUAUGAUUGGAUAGAGGAAAUUCUCCACAUAUAAUUAUCGCCGCCGGAAACUUACAGUUUUCGAGAUAUUUGGGCACAAGUAAAGUACUGUACAGAUAUUUUCAAUACAGGCGAAAAAGUUAUAUAUCUCCAUUGCAUGGGAAGUUCUAUUAACCGUUGCCUUAACUUAGCCUUACACAUUAUUAAGAAUUCCGGUCAGAGAAUAUCAUACUUCAUACAUACUUCAACUAUCAAGUUGAUUGAUGAAACUCAUCCUUUACACGAGAAUGAAGAUAUUGCGUUAAGAACACGUAAUAAUUCUGCUGUGCAUGUAAAGUUAUUACGUCAUAUAACUGAAUAAAAAUCGAUCUACUUAACUAUGUUCAAAUUGUCAGAACUCGUUCGGUGGCUCGGUCUAACCGAAUUUGAAAUAUUGGUUAACCUAUGCGGAAUGCUUACAUUUACAAUCAUCCUCGCAUUUAAAAUAUCUGGAACUUACUCAAAUUCUGUAAUCGAUUGGUUUACUGCAUUUAGUCCUUUAUUUUGUAUUGAUAUUUUUAAUUCAUAUUUUUGUGUGAUUGUGGGCAUUCGAAUGUAUCUUGAUUCCGAUAACAAACGCAAAGCACUCCACAGAGUUAUGUGGAGUACAUACUUCCUGGUACUUAUAUCAAUAUUUAAAUAUUUGUUGUGUUUAAAAUUAUCUGGGCAAACUGGCCUUGAAUAUAGUGAGGUUUUUUCUCCUAUUUUUGUUUUACUUCAGUUGGUUGCAAUAAGAGCUUGUCAAAUACCUAACUCAUAAUAAAGUUUAUAACCUUAAGUUAUAUUUAUAAAAUAAUUAUAAACAUAAAAUCUUAUCACUCUGCCCAUAUGGAUGCUAAGUUAUUUAGUUUUGAUGAUUGUACAAAGGAUCGCAAAAAGGAGUUCUACGCGAAAGAACUGAGCACAGCCCGGUGUUUGACCGACCAGGGUAAUUUGCUUUCUGAGGCGCGGCCGAAGGCCACCAAGAGAAAAUGGUGUUCUACGCGAAUGAACUGAAGACACCCCGUUGGUGGACCGCGAAAACUGUGUUAUUUAUUUCCUGCCAUUGGGGCCAUCUGUUUUCUUUGUUCCUUUUGGUUCCUUUGUUUGUAGAUAAGGUAACACUGAGUAUUUGUUAGAAUGCAACCCUUUUGCUAUUGUGAAUUGAACAAAAGUUAAAUAUUGAAUUAAAGUUAUUUUUGCACCAUUUAAUAUAAAAUAAAUGUGUAGAAACCAA